UUUGUAAUCAUGGCGGAUCCAUUGAGCUUGCUACGGCAAUAUAACGUUAAUAAAAAGGAAAUAAUUGAACGUGAAAAUCAAAUUAUAUUUGGCGAGUUUUCCUGGCCGAAAAAUGUGAAAACAAACUACUUAACUUACGGAUCUGGCAAGGAAGGUACACCAAAGGAAUAUUACACCCUCGAAUGUCUGCUGUUUUUACUCAAACAUGUGCAACUCACCCACCCUGUGUACGUACGGCAAGCAGCUGCAGAAAAUAUCCCAGUUGUACGUCGACCUGAUAGGAAAGAUUUAUUGGCCUACCUCAAUGGCGAAACUGCAACAUCAGCCGCCAUAGACAAAUCUGCUCCUCUGGAAAUUCCUACCCAAGUAAAGAGAACAGCCGAAGAUGGACUGGAAAGUGGAUCCUCCAAGAAACCACGUUUCGAGGAGACUCAUGUACAGAAGGUCAAAGAACAGCUUGCAGCCAGGCUGGAUGCUCCUAAAGAAGCCUCUGUUACAGUGGACAAUAUCAAAUCCCUGUCAGAGGCUAUGUCUGUUGAAAAGAUUGCAGCCAUCAAGGCUAAACGUUUAGCCAAGAAACGUACUACUAUCAAGGAAAAUGAUGAUAUUGGAAUGGGAUCUGAUUUAUGCGUUAUAUUGAUGGACGUCGACGGUACCAAGGACAUAGUUUCAAGGGAGAGGCAAUGGAGAACACGCGCGACCAUUCUGCAAAGCAGUGGAAAGAUAUUUGCGAAGAAUAUAUUUGCUAUACUUCAAAGUAUCAAGGCUCGCGAGGAGGGUAGACAAAAAGGCCCUGCUGCACCUACACCCAUGGUUACCCCGCGUUCUACGCCUAUGCGCCCGUUACCCCAGCCAGCCGUCUACAAUCGUUACGAUCAGGAAAGGUUUAUCAGGCAGAAGGAAGAAACAGAAGGAUUCAAAAUCGACACCAUGGGUACCUAUCACGGUAUGACCCUGAAGUCUGUGACCGAGGGUACCAAUCCAGCAGUUAGGAAACCACCGACCAAUCCUUCCGCGACUCCCAAUUCCGGUCUCCUACCGACUUCGGCCGCCAAACUCACGCCGCAGCAAGCGGCACAGAACAAACGGCCUAGCAGAACUCCUAUCAUUAUCAUUCCAAGUGCUAACACAUCCUUGAUCACAAUGUACAAUUCUAAAGAUAUACUUCAAGAUUUGAAGUACGUCAGUAACGAGGAGAAACGAGCACAGGGCUCUAAACGAGAAAACGAGGUCCUCCUGCAACGUAGAAAGGAAGGCGGACUGACGGUUCCGUACAGGGUGGUGGAUAAUCCCCAGAAACUCACAAACGCAGACUGGGAAAGGGUCGUCGCGGUGUUUGUAAUGGGUCCAGCUUGGCAAUUUAAGGGCUGGCCUUUCGAUGGCAACCCUGUUGAAAUCUUUUCAAAAAUUUGCGCGUUUCAUCUGAAAUACGACGAAAUGAGGCUGGACGCGAACGUGGCACGUUGGGCUGUGACGGUGAUAGAAUUGAGCAGAACAAAAAGACACUUGGACCGGGCUGCGUUAAUGGUAUUCUGGGAACAUCUCGACAAACACAUGAUUAAAAACAAGCCGCACCUUCGAUUCUAAAUUGAACUUGCGAAGAAACAAAAAUGAUUGUACAUACUAUAGAAGAAAACAUUACUUGUGUACAUGUAUAUAUAUAUAUCUAAAAAAAGAGAUGCAAAAGUUUA